AUGUCCAGCACUUCGACAAAAGAAUGGCUCGUCCACGUACCGGACUUCCCUGGCGCCCUUGAAAAGCGUCUCGCUGCUCGACCAACACACCUCGGCAAGCUCAAACCAAACGUCGAAGCAGGAAAGGUAGUCUUUGGAGGAGCAACGCUGUCGAAACAACCUGCCGAUGGGGAAGCCCCAGAUAUGACGGGUAGUGUGAUGUUGUUCAAGGCCGACAGUGAAGAAGAGGUGCGCAAGGCGCUUGAGGAGGAUGCAUAUACGGCAGGUGGUGCAUGGGAUGUCAAGAAUGCUACGAUCUGGCCGUUUAAAUGUGCAGUGAGGACUGCCUUGUAA